UGUAAUGAAAGGGAACAUUGGAAGGGAGAAACAGUGGGACUCCAUUGCAAGGUUAUAAAUCGUGCAAUAUUACAAAUCCCUUUUGUCACUUUUCAUCUUACCCUAAUCUUCUUCUGUCUCUGUUUGUUACUUUCCAUUCGACAUCCGAUUCCUUCUUUUUAUUUUCUCUGUUUUUGGAUUCUCAAAAUCUUCCAGUAGAUUUGACCGUUGAAAUAAAAAACAGAAAUUUGCUAUAAUCUUCUCUUCAAGCUUAAGCCCCGGACUCACCACUCUAGGGUUUUUGUCAGAGCAAAAUCAAGGGAGCUUCUUCACGUUAAGCCCUAUAUUAGGGUUUUUUUUUCCUCCCAAAUGAACCCUUCCAGGGUUUAUUGAGUUCCAGGGGUAUGAAUUUGCGGACCCUUUCAAAGUGAUUUAAGUUUGUUUGGGUCUCGGAAACAGCUAGUGAAGAUGAUUGCAGAGAAGCCGAGUUGGGUUAGGCAUGAGGGGAUGCAGAUUUUCUCCAUUGAUAUUCAACCUGGAGGGCUUAGGUUCGCUACUGGCGGUGGUGAUCACAAGGUUCGGAUAUGGAACACGAAAUCCGUUGGCCGGGAUCUCGAAACAGAUGGAUCAACAGCAAACCUUCUUGCUACCCUUCGUGAUCAUUUUGGGUCUGUUAACUGUGUUAGAUGGGCUAAGCAUGGUCGGUAUAUGGCAUCUGGGUCUGAUGACCAGGUGAUUCUUGUCCAUGAGCGGAAGCCUGGUUCUGGAACCACUGAAUUUGGCAGUGGAGAGCCGCCAGAUGUUGAAAACUGGAAGGUUGCAAUGACCUUGAGAGGUCACACGGCAGAUGUGGUGGAUCUUAAUUGGUCUCCAGAUGACUCAAUAUUAGCUAGUGCAAGUCUAGACAAUACUGUCCAUGUUUGGAAUAUGACCAGUGGCAUUUGCACUGCUGUUCUUAGAGGUCACUCUAGUCUGGUUAAGGGGGUUGCUUGGGAUCCCAUUGGUUCCUUUAUAGCAAGUCAAUCGGAUGAUAAGACUGUGAUUAUCUGGCAGACAAGUGAUUGGAGCCUUGCUCACCGGACAGAUGGUCACUGGGCAAAAUCACUUGGUUCUACUUUCUUUAGGAGGCUCGGAUGGUCGCCUUGUGGCCAUUUUAUAACUACAACUCAUGGUUUCCAGAAGCCGAGGCAUUCUGCACCUGUUCUGGAGAGAGGAGAAUGGUCUGCUACUUUUGACUUCCUAGGACACAAUGCUCCUGUUAUUGUUGUAAAGUUUAACCACUCAAUGUUUAGGAGGAAUGUCUCAAAUGCUCAGGAGGCACAAGCUGCACCUGCUGGAUGGACUAAUGGAACUUCAAAGACAGGGGGCAAAGAGUCACAACCAUAUAAUAUAAUUGCAAUUGGUAGUCAGGAUCGCACCAUAACUGUAUGGACAACAGCAAGUCCUCGACCGCUCUUUGUGGCCAAGCAUUUCUUUACUCAGAGUGUUGUCGAUUUAUCCUGGAGUCCUGAUGGAUACUCGCUAUUUGCUUGUUCCUUGGAUGGGACUGUGGCUACAUUCCAUUUUGAGGAGAAAGAACUUGGCCAGAGGCUAACAGACGCUGAAUUGGAUGAGCUGAAGAGAAAUCGUUAUGGCGAUGUCAGAGGCCGACAAGCAAACUUAGCAGAAAGCCCAGCCCAGUUGUUGCUUGAAGCAGCUUCAGCUAAGCAAACCAUGAACAAGAAACUGAACCCAGAUGCUCCUCAAAGCCAAAUACCCAUAAAAUCUUCUGGUUCUUUGGAGGUUGCCACAAAGGCCUCUGAAGGUCAAGUCGAUGAUGGCAAGAAAAAUGCAGUAACUAGUGGUGAUGCAUUGAAUAAAGUUCCAAGUACUGCUCAGAUGUCUAGUCCUGUGAGGCAAAGAGAAUAUAGACGCCCUGAUGGUAGAAAGAGGAUAAUCCCUGAGGCAGUUGGCGUGCCUGUUCAGCAGGAAAAUAUCUCUGAUGAUGUGCAGUCUCAAACACUUGAUUUCCUUCUGAAUUCGGAUAACAGAAAGGAUCUUAACGGGGUGGUGCUUACUGAUGGUGGCAUAAGAGAAAGCCAUGGAAGGAGACCAGCAGUUGGAAACUCUGAUAUAAAAGAGCGAUCAGGUGUCACUGCUAAGGUCACUAUUAGCGAGAGUCUAAUAAUUGAGAAGGUCCCAGCCUCUGCUGGUAGGGAUGGAAGUGUCAACGUGGAACAGACAGGAAUUGCAAAGACUUCUAAUUCUUUGACUGCUUGUACUACACUCUCAAUUAGGGUAUUUGACAAGAAAGAAGGGGAAGAUACUAUACCAGUUUGCUUGGAAGCUCAUCCUCUUGAACGUGCUGUAAAUGAUAUUCUUGGAGUGGGAAACACAUUUAUGAUGAAUGAAACAGAAAUUUCUUGUAAAAGAGGCGAUCAAACUGUUUGGUCAGAUAGGAUCUCAGGAAAAGUCACUGUUUUGGCUGGUAAUGCUAACUUUUGGGCUGUUGGGUGUGAAGAUGGAUGUCUGCAGGUCUACACGAAAUGUGGGAGACGUGCCAUGCCAACCAUGGUGAUGGGAUCUGCAGCAGUAUUCAUUGAUUGUGACGAAUGUUGGAAGUUGUUGCUCAUCACAAGAAAAGGUUCUUUAUAUUUAUGGGAUUUGUUCCACAUGAAGUGUCUUCUUCAUGAUUCAUUGUCUUCUCUGGUUACUUCAGAUCCAAAGUCAACUGCUAAAGAUGCUGGAACAAUCAAAAUAAUAACAGCAAAGUUAUCAAAAUCUGGUUUUCCUCUAGUUGUGCUAGCCACACGCCAUGCCUUCCUCUUUGAUAUGAACCUCAUGUGCUGGUUGAGGGUUGCAGAUGAUUCCUUCCCUGGUUCAAAUUUUUCUAGCUCAUGGAAUUUGGGUUCGAAUCAGAGUAGUGAGCUGGCUGCUUUACAGGUGGAUGUUAGGAAGUUCUUGGCUAGAAAGCCAGGUUGGAGCAGGGUUACUGAUGACGGAGUGCAGACACGUGCUCAUUUGGAAGCUCAGUUGGCUUCAGCACUAGCAUUGAAGUCGCCUAAUGACUAUCGCCAAUGUCUUCUGUCCUACAUACGUUUUUUGGCAAGAGAGGCAGAUGAGUCCCGUUUGCGUGAGGUUUGUGAGAGCUUUCUUGGACCUCCAACUGGUAUGGCUGAAGCUGUAUCUUCCGAUCCUGAGAACCCAGCAUGGGAUCCUUGUGUACUGGGAAUGAAGAAGCACAAACUGCUGAGGGAAGAUAUCCUUCCAUCAAUGGCAUCAAACAGAAAAGUUCAGCGCCUGCUUAAUGAAUUCAUGGAUCUUCUAUCUGAAUACGAACUAAUUGACGCCAAUCCAGAGCAUAAAAAUUCCACCCCUCCGGCACCCUCUUUGCCAGCAACGGAUGAAAUGGAUAAAGCCCCUCCAACUGAGAAGACGGCUUCUUCCCCUCCUGCAGCAGAUCAGAUAGGCUCUUCAGCACCAGCGAACGAUAAAACAGACUGCGGCCCAACAUCAACAGAUAAAAUGGACUCUGUUCUCCCAGUAGCAGACGAAGCAGAAUCCACAGGGCCCAUGGUAAAUGAAGUAAACCUGGAUCAACCUGCUGCAGAUCAACUAAAUCCAGCGACACAAGUAAAAGAGACUGCUUCCUGAUGAUAAUCUGUACCUUCUCAUAGUAGAGGCAGUGUUUCAAGAGAUUGAACACCGAUGCACAGAGUUGUUAACUAUUUGAUUCUGCCGUGCUUGGCACUGUUGCAUGACGCCGGUUUGACCCCCCGGAGUUCCAGGACUGGAUCGCCGUUCUCAUGGUGAUAUCUUUGUGUAUACUUUUGUCUCCGGCACAUGCUCAUUCAAGUAAUUCUGGGGUGUGGAACUGGAGUUGACUUUUGUAACAGCAAAAGGUUUUGAUUUUAAUUUUAGUUCUGAUUUUGAUAGCAACUUAACAAGUUUCUGUAAUCAAGUUAAUUUAGCGGAUGCGGAGUUAAAAGGUGGAUCUUGUCAGUUGUAUAUCAUUCUUACCUUCUUCCGUUCAAUUCUGUAGUGUGUAAUGAUCAUUUUUUGUUUAAUUAUGUU